AUGGGUUCUUUGAAGAGGAAAAGAGAAACCCAGAAGGAAGACGAACAAGGGCUUUUAGAGAAGAGUUUUUUACUUACUGGGUGUGGCUCGUGGGUUCGAGGGCGGAAGCUCGGCCAAGGCGGAUUUGGGUCGGUUUAUUUGGCCUCUGUGAAAAAACCCAAAUUGGGUAGCGAGGGUUUUCCGGCGAUCGUGGCUGUGAAAUCGGCAUUGAUGGUUGAAUCGCUUGAGCUGAUGAUGGAAAAGUCACUUCUUCAAACGCUUCGCAGCAGCCCUUUUGUUAUCAACUGUUAUGGAGAAGAUGUGACGGCUGGGUUUGGUCAUAAUUUGGUAUACAACGUCUUCUUGGAGUAUGCUGAUGGAGGAACAGUGGGGGAUUUGAUAAAGCAAUCUGGGGGCUCUGGGCUCUGUGAAUUACAAGUGAGAAAAUAUACAGAGUCGAUUUUGAAAGGGGUUCAGUACAUUCAUGAAAUGGGUUUUGUGCACUGUGAUUUGAAGCCUGAAAACAUCUUACUUGUGACCUCUGGUUCUGGUUUUGUGCCCAAAAUUGGGGACUUGGGACUGGCAAAGAGGGCUGUGAGCAAGCGUUCUUGCAGAGGCACUCCAAUGUACUUAUCUCCUGAAACUGUGCUCGAUAGAAUUCAGGAGAAGCCUUCUGAUAUUUGGGCAUUGGGCUGUGUUGUGCUGAAGAUGCUCACUGGGAGGCAUCCAUGGGAUGCAAAAGCCGGCGUGAAACUUCAUGACCUAAAGCCUCAGAUUGCUUCUGGAGUUCCUAACAUUCCUGGUGGGUUAUCAGAAGAGGCGAAAGAUUUCUUGAAGAAUUGCUUUAUGAGGAACCCUUCAGAGAGACUCACAGCAGCUAAGCUAUUGCGCCACCCCUUUGUGACGAAACUUGGUGAGAUUGGACAGGUUAAAGUUGAACCAAUGAAGGAAGUUUCUUCAGUGUUAUCUUCUGAGCACUGUGUUCUUGAUUAUGGUAGUUUCAUACCACUUGGAAGUUGGAGCUCUGAAGAGGCAGAGGAGAUGGAGCAACAGAUUCUUCCUUUGGCCCUCAUGUCCCCUAGAGAUUCAACCCCUGUGAUCCCAACCACUGGGUGCCAAAAGCCAUCAGCUUUUCCUAUAAUGGGUGCAGCUUAG